AUCAGAUUCAGUAUAAUUUGUUGUACAAAUAUAAUAAUAGUUAAGGUCAUAUUCAAUGAGAGGACAGUGAUUUGUGUUUAUCACUUUCGACGUACGAACGAUUUCGAUGUGACCUUUUUUAGUUAUCAUAAAUAUCGGAUUUAGUGGUUUAAAGAGCCACAUCUACAGGGUGGUCUCUGAAACAAUGGUAGAAACAGUACUGUCCAGUGAAAUUACGCGCAGUCAGCAUGAAGAAAUCAAAGUUGCACACAAAAACGCAUUCGUAUACUUAUCUGGAUAAACCCAAAGUGAAACGUCGUCAUGGUAUUUUUGACUCUCUCGUGACAUCUCUUUCGACAUUUUUGUGGCCGGUGGCAAACGAUUUACGACCAACUGCUCCAACGAGGAGUUGGAUAGAAGCAACUUUUUACAAGAGAGAAUGUUCGCGUUACAUACGUCAUACCAAAGAUCCUUUGAGAUGUUGCUGCGGAAGAGUAUUGGAACAACAUAAACCAACGGCGGAUACCCAACCUCCCCAACCUGGAGAACUAUGGUAUCCGAGCAAGUGCACAAUAGCCAGUCCCACCGACGCUUACGGUAUAUUAGAGUUUCAAGGUGGUCCGCAUCCUUCCAAAGCUCAGUAUAUACGAGUGGCUCAUGACACGAAACCCGAAUACUUGAUGCAGUUAAUAACUCGAGAAUGGAAUCUGGAAUUACCGAAACUGUUAAUAUCCAUUCAAGGCGGUAAAGCGAACUUCGAAUUACAACCGAAACUCAAAAAAGUACUUAGAAAAGGUUUGCUGAAAGCCGCCAGGUCGACGGGAGCUUGGAUAUUUACAGGGGGAACGAAUACGGGUGUUACGAAACACGUCGGAGACGCGUUACUAUUAGAACGAUCCCAACGUACCGGUAGAGUUAAUACUUUGGGUAUAGCACCAUGGGGUAUAGUCGAAAACAAUCAAGAUCUCAUCGGACAACACACCGAAGUACCAUAUCAUUCCAUAUCAUCGCCAAGAUCAAAAAACGCCGCUUUAAACAAUCGACACGCCUAUUUUCUUCUAGUCGAUAAUGGUACCGUUGGAAAAUACGGAGCUGAAAUUAUACUCAGAAGAAAAUUGGAAAAAUACAUAUCGAAACAGAGAUUAUAUCCUUUUACUCAAAGUCCUAUACCGAUAGUAUGUUUAGUAAUCGAAGGCGGUACCAAUACAAUAAGAGCGGUACUAGAAUACGUCACCGACGAACCACCGGUACCGGUAGUCGUCUGCGACGGAUCCGGCAGAGCCGCCGACAUCAUAGCCUUCAUGUGCAAAUACGAAUGCUCCGUACUCAAAUCCAUGAAAGAAUACAUUAUAGCCACCAUCCAAAGGGCAUUCGAAGUAGCCGCCGAAUUAGCCGAAGGUCUAUUCACGGAAUUGUUGCAAUGCGUAGAAAAUAAACAUUUGAUAACCGUUUUCCGUAUAGCCGAUAAGUACGACCAAAAACCCCAAGAAUUGGACCAAAUAAUUUUAACGGCACUAUUCAAAUCUCAACACCUUUCUCCUACCGAACAACUCAGUUUGGCGCUGACGUGGAACCGCGCCGAUAUCGCCAGAUCGGAAAUAUUCGUUUACGGACAGGAAUGGCCGGCGGGCGCUUUGGAAGACGCUAUGAUAAAAGCGUUGGAACACGAUCGGUGCGAUUUCGUGAAAUUGUUGUUGGAGAACGGAGUGAGCAUGAGAAAAUUCUUGACAAUACCGAGAUUAGAAAAUUUGUACAAUUCGAAACAGGGUCCCAGUAAUACGUUGGGAUAUAUCCUGAGGGACGUCAGGCCUCACAUACCGCCGGGGUAUGUUUAUACUUUACACGAUAUCGGAUUAGUUAUUAAUAAAUUGAUGGGAGGAGCGUACAGAGCUUUAUAUACACGCAGAAAAUUCAGACCUAUUUACGCGAAAAUAAUGAACAAAGGCCACAGUAUGGCAAACACUUCCGGAAGGAAUUUAGGAGCACUUGGACUUAUUCCUGGUUGUAUACCAGGAGCGGCGAGUCCUUGCUUAUUCGAUUAUCCUUUUAACGAAUUAUUGAUUUGGGCGGUUCUGAUGAAAAGACACAAAAUGGCGCUUUUGAUGUGGCAACACGGCGAAGAAGCUUUAGCGAAAGCUUUGGUGGCUUGCAAACUAUACAAAGCGAUGGCGCACGAAGCGGCCGAGGACGACAUGGAAACGGAAGUGUACGAAGAAUUACGAGCCUACGGAAAAGAAUUCGAAAAUAUCGCUCUGGAAGUACUCGAUUAUUGUUAUCGACAAGACGACGAUCAAACGCAACAAUUACUCACGUGCGAGCUGCAAAAUUGGUCGGGGCACACGUGUCUGAGUCUCGCCGUUAGCGCCAAUCAUCGCGCCCUUUUGGCCCACCCCUGUUCGCAAAUUAUACUCGCCGAUUUGUGGAUGGGGGGAUUGCGUACGAGAAAAAACACCAACAUAAAGGUGAUACUCGGUCUGUUAUGUAUGCCGUACAUAUUCAAAUUGGAGUUCAAAUCGAAGGAGGAGCUUCAGUUGAUGCCUCAAACGACGGAGGAGCACAUGGAAUUGGAGAACGACGACGACGACGACAAAUCCGAUUCGGAGAAAAAUCAAGACGCCGAUGUAAGUCGCGGAAAAUCCGCUAAAACUCCGAAGCGUACUAGAAGUUUGAGUAUUCGGAACAAGUCGCCAAAUCCAACAGGUGUCAAGGCUCUUUUGACGGAAAAUUUCAUUACUAGAGAUACGGUCGUACAACAAAAUGGUGGUAAACUUAUACCGGAUUUCGACGACGAAAAAUUCAAACAAUUUAACAAAGGAAGAGAAUUGAAGAUGAAGAAAAAACUGUACGAGUUUUAUACGGCUCCUAUAACGAAAUUUUGGUCCAACUCUAUUGCGUACCUCGCGUUUUUAGUCCUAUUCAGUUUCACGAUAUUAGUUAAAAUGGAACACGUUCCCAAUUGGCAAGAAAUUUUUGCGACGGCCUUCAUAUUAUCGUUGGGUUGCGAGAAAUUACGAGAAUUAUUUUCUUCCGAACCUGUGGGUAUUUCGCAAAAAUUCGCGGUUUGGUCUUGGAACAUGUGGAAUCCUAGCGACAUGGCGGCCGUGUUCAUGUUCAUGGUCGGAAUGUCGUUGAGAUAUCAAACGGACAAACUAUCCGCGGGAAGAGUGAUUUAUUGUACCAAUUGUAUAUAUUGGUAUUUGAGGAUACUGAACAUUCUCAGUGUCAAUAAAUAUCUAGGUCCUCUUGUAACCAUGAUGGGAAAAAUGGUUAAAAACAUGAUUUACUUCAUAGUUUUAUUGUUAAUUAUCCUUAUGAGUUUCGGUGUUGCUCGUCAAGCCAUUCUAAAACCUAACGAACCCCCGACAUGGAGUCUCGCUAGGGAUGUAUUUUUCGAACCUUACUUCAUGUUAUACGGCGAAGUAUUCGCCGACGAAAUCGAUCCGCCGUGCGGCGGCGAGGACGAAGAAAUUUGCGUACCAGGACGAUGGAUAUCACCCGUAAUAAUGUCGAUGUACCUUUUGGUGGCCAAUAUCCUUCUAAUCAAUCUCCUCAUAGCGGUAUUCAACAACAUAUUCAACGAAGUCAACGCCAUAGCUCAUCAAGUAUGGAUGUUUCAAAGGUUCACCGUCGUCAUGGAAUACGAACAAAAACCCCUACUACCCCCGCCUUUCAUAAUAUUCUCCCACUUGUAUCUCGUGUUAAAAUACCUGAAGAGAAAAUUGGAAGGAAUCGAGGAAAGUUACGAUAACGGAUUAAAGUUGUUUUUGGAUAAGGACGAAAUGGAAAGGUUGUACGAUUUCGAAGAGGAUUGCGUCGAAGGCUAUUUCGCCGAACAAGAAAACAAACUCCAACAAUCUACAGAGGAACGUAUCAAAAUCACCACCGAACGAAUCGAACAUUUGACUCAAAAAGUCGAAGAUAUAGUCAGCAAAGAAAAUUUGCAAACGACCGUUUUACAAAAUUUGGACGUACGCACGCGCAGAUACACCGAGCAGAUACAAGAUUUAAUCGACGACGUCGAUGCCGUUAAACAAUCGAUCGAACAAAACCAAACGGAUUAUCCGGUUCGGUUAUCGUCCUCGAGGCAAAGGACGAUAAGCGAACAGAGCGAAUUAUCCGAGGAUAAUACAAUCGUCGGACAAACCGUACAAUCGAACAGGAAAAAAAUGGUGGUUAGAUCGUUGACGGAAGUCAGACCGGACGCUUAUAUAUUCGAUAACGGUCAACACAUCGAAUAUAGAUACGCGGAUGAAGACGAAGAAACCGAACAAUUGGAUAAUAUAUCGGUGGCGGGCAGUGUACAACAACAACAACAACAACCGAAUUUGUUGCGACAAAGGACUAGGAGUACCGAAUCGAAGGAAUCGUCGGAAAGCGAUAAGAAAAACGACGAAAUUUUAAUCGACGACGUUGCCAGAUUUAAUUCGGAGAUUUUGAAAGCGAGGGCGACGCAAAAACGGAGAGAUUCCACGGGGACGAUUCGGAGGGGAUCGGAAAGUGGUACCGUCAUCGCAUGCGAUCUACGGCCACCUUUUUUAACGCCAAAAAGCCUCUCUUUCUGCCACAUUUUCAGGAAAUUAGGUGAAGAUCCCCAACAUUCCUCGAAACCCUCGCUACCGAAACGGCAAUUCUCCCAAACGCAAUCCGAACCGGAAACCACCGAUCCCCCGGCGGCGACUCUACCGACUAGUACGAUCUCCUUAGAACGAUCGGUGACUUUUACCGAACCGAAAAUUAAAGUUAUACCGCCGGUAAGCAGCCGAUCGGCGUUACUGAUGCACAUGCAUACCGAAUAUACCAGUAUUACUGACGAAUUGGAAUCGGUUUGUGGUCUAUUUAGUCCGCCGAGGUCGCCCGGAUUGUUGAGUCCGCCUAGGCCGGAGCAAUCGCCUCCAAGUACACGUAAGAGAAAUCCAUCGGAAAUGUCGAAUCCGGAAAUCGCCCUCAAUUUGGAAAAGGAACAUCUUCGUAGUGCCGAAGAAAGCGACUACAUGGUUAUGGAGAACUUGAUCCAACGUAGGUACAGCGAAGAAGACGAAGAAAUCGACGAUGACGUCAUCGAACGGCCGGCCAGUAGAAACCCCACGCUAUUAAAAGUCGUUACGGAAACUAGGGAAUUUCGAGUCAACUCGUGGCCGGUUCGCGGAGCUCUUCUUCAGAGAUCGUCGGCCGUUGAAGAACCCCCGACACCAAUCCGACACAUAGGUUCGAGCAGUUCGUCGACUGAUCGCCAAGAUUCGACCGAAUCCAGCGACAAUACCGCAGCCGCCAUUAAUCAAUUCCCCAUGCCACAACGGCCGUCGAUCGUUAUAGAUUCCUCUCAACUACCUACCCUUCAAAGGGAAGUGCUCCCUACGGCCGAAUCAAAAGGAAGUCUCCAUAUGCAAUCGGAAACUAUGUGUUAGUCGAUAAAUAUGAAAUUGUACGCUCAUUUUGGAAAUAUAAAUUUGAGGUUAGAAA